AUGGAAAACAAGCAACUCCACCACCGCCACCACCACCAGCAGCAGCAGCAACGUCAAAUGAAUUCAAGAUUCAAACGUGUAUGUGUUUUUUGUGGUAGCAGUCCCGGAAAGAAUCCUAGCUACCAGCUUGCUGCUAUUCAGCUUGGCAAACAACUGGUUGAAAGGAACAUUGACUUGGUUUAUGGAGGAGGAAGCAUUGGUUUGAUGGGCCUCGUCUCUCAAGCUGUCUUUGAUGGUGGCCGCCACGUGUUGGGGGUAAUUCCCAAGACUCUGAUGCCAAGAGAGAUUACAGGGGAGACAGUGGGAGAAGUAAGAGCUGUAUCAGGCAUGCACCAACGUAAAGCUGAAAUGGCUCGCCAAGCUGAUGCCUUUAUUGCCUUACCAGGUGGAUAUGGAACCUUGGAAGAACUCCUGGAAGUCAUCACCUGGGCUCAGCUUGGAAUCCAUGAAAAACCUGUGGGAUUAUUGAACGUGGAUGGGUAUUACAACGCACUCUUAUCAUUCAUAGACAAAGCUGUUGAUGAAGGUUUCAUAGCACCAGCUGCCAGGAACAUAAUUGUCUCUGCCCAAACUGCACAAGAUCUCAUGUGCAAGCUCGAGGAAUAUGAACCUAAACAUUCUGGGGUAGCCAAGUUAAGCUGGGAAAUGGAACAACAACUGGGUUUCAAGGCAAAAUCAGAGAUUGCUCGUUGA